AUGGGUAGCCAGGAGAUGGACCAACUUGCACCAAGGGAGGUGUUUUGGAAUUCUCACGAGAUUUUCCAGCUAGAAGGGUUCUGGUUCUACGCAAAUACGAUGCAAUCCAUGGCGGCAUUCAGGUCAGAGUUCCAGCCGCGAAGGGACGACAUUCUCUUGACAUCCUUCCCCAAAACAGGAACAACAUGGCUCAUCGCUCUCUGCCACAACAUCCUUAGCCUCGACGACGACGAAAAAGAAGAAGACGACGUUCUGACGAAGAUGAACCCGCACGAACUCGUUCCCCCGCUCGACAUCAACUUUCUUUCAGACCAAGUCCAAGAUCUUUUGCUCAAUCCGGGUCGAUCCGGAGGCAGAUUGCUGCAGACUCAUUUGCCUUACAAUUGUCUGCCGGAGUCCGUCAGGAACUCCGGAUGCAAGAUUGUCCACGUGGCUCGGAACCCAAAGGACACUCUGGUGUCGAUGUGGCAUUUCUACAACAAAAUCCUGAAACUUAACGCACCGACGACGACGCCCGAUGGCCCGUUCCUGGUGGAGAGAGCGGUGGAGAGCUUCUGCAGUGGGGUUCUGCCCUGGGGGCCUUUCUACGAGCACGUGGUGGGCUACUGGGAAGAGAGCAACAUGCGGCCGGAGGAGGUGUUGUUUCUCAAGUACGAGGAGCUGUGUAGAGACCCCGAAGAACAGGUGCGGAAGCUGGCUUCGUUCAUGGGGAGGCCCUUUUCCUCGAUGGAGGAUGGAGAUGCAGAGGUGGGGAAGGUGUUGCGGCGUAGCAGUUUCAAUAGGCUCAAGGAGUUGGAGGUUAACAAAAAUGGUGUUUGGGAACCUUACCAACUACCCAAUAACACCUUUUUCAGGAAAGGAACUGUGGGGGAUUGGAAGAGCUGCUUGACUCCCCAGAUGGCUAAACGCGUCGACCAACUCACACAGUUGAAGUUGCAAGGAACCGGGCUUUCUCUUGACGAUUUUUAA